CGCAAGAUCGCCUCCAUAGGUCCCACAAGGGACCAAAGAGGACGACGAUAGGCUCCGCGAGUUGAUGAGGAUGUGUUAUGAUGAGGGAAUUAUGCCAUCUGAUAUUGACCCUAGUGAAAUGACAAUCGAUGGGAGAGAAGCGAGAUUCAAGGUAAACGUAGUGCUCGAUCAAGCCAAAAUUAAUUGGCUGAAAGAGCAUACGGUUACCGUAAUCUUCCGAGCUGGUGCAAGGGUCCUCCCGAAGAACGUUACGGAGGACAUAGUUCGUGCAUAUGAAGACAAGAAGGCCUCCGAAGGCUCAUUCGAUGCACAAACGUUCCGAAGAGGAAGAACGAAGAUGGAAACACCCAACAUGGUGUCCUACGUCGCUAAGUCUCGGGAGAUAGCUACGUGGUUGGUGAACAAGGGCAGCGACGAGCUGACUAUUGGCCCGUCCCAUUAUGUGUUUGAGUUCAAACCGUGGUUAACGAAGGUGCAACUACGUAUACAGAGACAACAGGAGGACGAUCAGAACUUCUGGGUGAUUGCGGUGCACGUACCUCUUGAUGCUUUCUUGUACUUGGAAUCGCAGCAAGCACGGCAUCCGUCAUUGGACAGAUCGGGUGGCAACGGCGUGUAUGGAGGGUCUCCCUCGCCGCUCGGCCAACCGAACGCUGUGGAUGGAAGAGUGCAUCGGCUUCAGAAUCUGCGUGACGGUGAGGAAGCACGAAGAGCGGCAGUGAGGAAUGCUCCUCCUACAGUUGGCGGUGCGGCAGCCACCGGUUUACCGGGUAAUCAAUCCGGCACGGGCGCUGGAUCACCAUCGGGCACUGCUUCACCGGGGGAUCAUUCCAGCACGGACGCAAGUGGCAGCACCGCGAGGAAGUCCCAGGGAGAGAAAUCGUCGAAAGGGAAGGGCUGCGCCAGUAAGCGAGCUGAUGGCAAGAGCGCUACUGAUGGUGGCAAAGGGAAGUGUCAGGCGGAGUCUGCUGCGGAAGGGGAAACUGACGGAGAUGGUGGGGGUGUGGGAGGGCAAACUGGAGAUGGUGGGAGUGCGGGCGUGCAGACCGGGUCGCAACCUCGCGUAGUCUGGACCGAGGACAAACAAUUGGUCCUUGUGAGGUGCAAGAUUGACUACGAUAUGGAGGAGGAAUCGCUCGGACGAAGCUGUGUCAAGCAUUUCAAACCACCAACGGAACGGAAGUUGGGAUCUGAAGAUUACUUCACCAUGUCCACCAAAGUCAAGAAGACGAAGAAGCUGGACUUCUGCCUCAAGCGUGCUGUCUUCGAUCUCAUGUACCUCUUCUACAAAAAAGAUCCCUCCCUGAAUCCAACCAAUCUCAGCGACACCGGCGUGCCGUUCGUACCACCCCCGGAGAUGGUGGAGCCCCCCGCCGACGACCCCAGUAUCAUCACAACAUGCGAAGGCUCAUGCAAGCGGCGGAAGACACAGCGAGACCGGCGCACAGCGGACAUGACAGACACUGUGAGGGAGCAUGGCAAGGCAACAGCUUCGGCGUUCGCAAGCGUGAAGGAGUCACAGAAGGAGAACACCGUGAUGAUCAUGGGUGUUAUGGAUAAGAUGAACAUGAGCAUCGCAGCGAACGGGGCUUCACUUUCCGGAGCUCUAACGCUCAUCGCACAAGCUUUCCUCAAGACGCCAGCCGCGGCGAACGCGGCAUCAACUGAUGCGCCCCCCGGCAGUGCGUGAUUUAUUAUUAUUAUUAUUAAUAUUAUUAUUUUUCUUAUUUUUAAUAAUAAUCGUGAUGCAAUUAUAUGCCGCAUCAACCGAUGGCUAUGUCGUUGUGAAUGCUUUGUCCCCCCCUUUGUGGUUGGACACGAAGCCCGGUGGCGAAUCUGGCAUUUUGCGGAGCAAGGUGAUGACGAAGCCAAACCAGGACGGUCAUGGCAUCACCUUAUUUUUUUCAAUAAUUAGUUUGUUUGUUUUUUUUUUUCCCAGUUUCUCAACUGCGAGGUUGGCCUGUGCCCCCCGGCUCCUCGAUCAUCGGUCCGGGGGUGAUGUUGCGGAUAAAAUAAUUUGAUGUCA